UUUAGGAUGGAGCCGCGUAUCUUCAAAUCUUUGGCUAAUUAUCUUCGAAGGGAGAAGUUGGUGAAAGAUACCAGAAUUAAAGUCGAAGAGAAACUAGCAUCAUUUCUGUGGAUGUUAUCCCAUAAUUCUUCAUUUGAAGACCUUCAAGUUCGGUUUGGUCACAGCGGGGAUACUUUCCAUUGGCAAAUGAAGAAUUUCUUUGACAUCAUCCCUAUUCUCUCCAAGCAUUUUUUGAAGCCUCCAAAUCCCAGUCAAGUGCAUCCGAAGAUUCAGUCGGACACGAGAUUCUUUCCUUAUUUUCAGAACUGCAUUGGGGCAAUUGAUGGGACACAUGUUCCCAUAACAAUUUCAGGAGAAAAAGCCGCACCAUUCAGAAAUAGGAAAGGGACCCUAAGCCAUAAUGUUAUGGUCGUGUGCGACUUCGACCUGAACUUCACCUUCAUUUCUUGUGGCUGGGAGGGAUCUGCUACCGAUGCUAAAGUUCUCCGGUCAGCACUUAAUAGUGGGUUUCAUGUACCUCCGGGCAAGUUUUAUUUGGUUGAUGGUGGUUAUGCCAACACACCUUACUUCUUGGCACCGUAUCGUGGUGUUCGGUACCAUCUGAAGUAGUUUGCACGC